GCUUUGCCAUCUCUAAUUCGGUUAAUAUUUUUUUUUGUUAUUGUGCUGAAGAACCGAUUUACCAACAUAUAAUAUACAGCUCCGCGAUUCUGGUGACCUGGAGAGCAGGAGGAUUACUUUGUAAGGUUGUGGUACACACAGGUUGCGAUACAUACGGAUGUUCAUGGUGAAACUGGCCGCUGGAUAAGAUGUGGAAACUGCUGCAAGGCUCGCGAAAUGCAGUUUCGCGAGCUCAAAGGAGGUAUCCAGCCGCCUUCCCGGAUGCAGUGCGUCUGGCUAGUGGACAAGUGGAUCCGGCGGAUGAGCAAGUGCUGAGGAAAAGAAAGUUUCAGCCCCAAAAGGCGGCGGAUCUCAGUGAGGAGCUGGCCGUCCAGCUGCCCAGCAAGUCGCGAGUGGUAAUCUGCGGCGGCGGCAUCACCGGAGCCUCUGUGGCCUACCACCUAGGUCUGAGUGGCUGGGGCGGGGAAACACUGCUCGUGGAACAGGACCGCGUAAGCGGCGAGCUGCCCUGGACCGCCUGUGGGCUGGCUGGGCGAUUCGAGCCCAGCUACACGGAGCUCAAACUCGCUGAGUACUCCAUCGAUCUGAUCAAGCGGCUGGCGGAGAGCGGCUUGCCCACCGGUUGGCGGCCGGUGGGCAGUCUGAAUCUCGCCCGGAGUUGGGACCGCAUGACCGCCUUCAAUCGCAUGAAGUCGCAGGCUCUCGCUUGGGGCAUGCACUGCGAAAUCCUCUCGCCGGAGCAGUGCGCCCAGCACUGCGAGCUGCUCUCGCUCGACGGCAUAGAAGGUGGCCUGUGGAUCCCCGAGGAUGGCGUGUGCGAUCCCCAGCUGGUGUGCCAGGCCUACAUGUCCGAGGCGGAGCGACUAGGCGUCCGCAUCGUCGAGCAUUGCGCCAUAAAGAAGAUCCACAGCGAGCACGGGAAGGUGAGGAGCGUGGAGACCACUGCCGGCGAUGUGGAGUGCGAGUACUUUGUGAACUGCACGGGCUUUUGGGCACGCGAGGUGGGCACUCUGUCCAAGCCGGUGGUCAAGGUGCCGCUCAAAGCCGUGGAGCACCACUAUCUGCACACGAAGCCCAUCGCGGGACUCAGUCCGGAUACGCCCUUCGUGCGGGACUUCGACGGAAGGAUCUUCUUCCGCGAGUGCGAGGGCCACAUCCUCGCCGGCGGCUUCGAACGCGAGGCCAAGAUGGUGUACGAGGAUGGUGUGAUUCCCCUUUCGCAGACAGCGCGCCAACAUCCGCCGGACUGGGAUCACUUCCACGAGCUGCUCGAUGCCCUGCUGCUCAGAGUUCCGUCCUUCAGGGGGGCCACGCUGGACCGGUUGACCAACUCGCUGCAGGUCUUCUCCCCCGACUGCAAGUGGAUCCUCGGAGAAGCGCCAGAGAUCCAGAACUAUUAUGUGGCUGCUGGCAACAAGACGAUGGGUGUGUCCGCAUCCGGGGGCAUUGGUCGCGUCCUCACCGAUCUGAUAACGAAGGGCUCCACCUUCUUGGAUCUGCACAUCCUGGACAUCAGUCGGUUCCUGGGGCUGCACAACAACCGCAAGUUCCUGCGGGACAGGUGCAAGGAGGCGCCGGGCAAGCACUUCGAGAUCAACUAUCCCUUCGAGGAGUUCCAAACGGGCAGGAACCUGCGCAUGUCGCCCAUCUAUCCGCAGCUCAAGGAGGCGGGCGCCGUCUUCGGCCAGUCGAUGGGCUACGAACGACCCAACUACUUCGACCAGCAGGACAAACAAGAUGAGUUUGGGCUGCCGCGAUUCAGGAUCGCCCAAACGCGGACCUUUGGCAAGCCGCCGUGGUUCGACCACGUGGCCUCCGAGUAUCGGGCGUGCAGGGAGCGCAUCGGCAUCGCCGACUACAGCUCCUUCACCAAGUACGACUUCUGGUCGAAGGGCAACGAGGUGGUCGAGCUGCUGCAGUACCUCUGCUCCAACGACGUGGACGUGGCGGUGGGCUCCAUCAUCCACACGGGCAUGCAGAACCCCAACGGUGGCUACGAGAACGACUGCUCCCUGGCGAGGCUCUCCGAGAAACACUACAUGAUGAUUGCACCCACCAUCCAGCAGACCCGCUCCAUGUGCUGGAUACGCAAGCACAUGCCGGACCACCUGAGGGCCAAGGUGAACGUGGCGGAUGUGACCUCCAUGUACACGGCCAUCUGCAUCCUGGGUCCCUACUCGCGCAUCCUGCUCUCCGAGCUCACCGACACGGAUCUCACGCCCAAGAGCUUCCCCUUCUUCACGUACAAGGAACUGGACGUCGGCUUGGCCGACGGCAUCCGAGUGCUGAACAUCACCCACACGGGCGAACUGGGCUAUGUGCUCUACAUCCCCAACGAAUACGCCCUGCAUGUGUACUCGCGACUGUACCAAGCGGGCCAGAAGUUCAACAUCCAGCACGCAGGCUACUACGCCACGCGAGCUCUGCGCAUCGAGAAGUUCUACGCGUUCUGGGGCCAGGAUCUGGACACCUUCACCACGCCGCUGGAGUGCGGACGCAGUUGGCGCGUCAAGCUGAACAAACCCAUCGACUUCAUUGGCCGCGAUGCGCUGCUGAAGCAACGCGAGGAGGGCGUCAAGCGGAUGUAUGUGCAGCUGCUGCUGAACGACCACGACCACGAGGUGGACAUGUGGUGCUGGGGCGGCGAGCCCAUCUACCGCGACGGCGUCUACGUGGGCAUGACCACCACCACCGGCUACGGCUACACGUUCGAGAAGCAGGUCUGCCUGGGCUUCGUGCGCAACUUCGACGCGAACGGGAGCGAGCUGCCGGUGACCAACGAGUACGUCCUCUCCGGCCACUACGAGGUGGAGGUGGCGGGCGUGCGGUUCGAGGCCAAGGUCAAUCUGCACUCGCCGAACCUGCCCACCAAGUUCCCGGACCGGGAGCGCGAGGCCUACCACGCCACGCGCGACAAGCCCGACCAGGCGGAUCUCCUUUCGUUCGGCGGCGUGACCACCGCAGUCACCGGCACCGGAAUACCCACGGACGGGCAGUAGGGAUCCCUGCGGAGCUGGGCUCCCGACCGAGAUCAUCUGCCAGCUGGCUGUGUCACACGCAAGGCUGCUCCCCCUCUUCGUUCAUCUCUAGUUUAACUCGAGAGUCUCAGUGCGAUA